AUGCCGUUAUUUAACUUAUUUAAUUUACCCAUAAAUUCUUCAUAUAAUAUGACAUUUCGAAAAUGUAUUAAAUUAAUAGGAAUAUAUAAGUUAUUCAUAUUACAAUUUACUGUUGCAAUGGGACAAGAAGAAAGUAGUGCGCAAGCAACUACAAACUGUGCAACAGGAUCAACUGCAACUAGUGGAGAUAAUGAAGCAUAUAAACUUCUGUCAAAAGUUAAUUGUAAAUUAUGUUCAUUUUGCAAAGUUAUUAAUAAAGAUGAUUUAAUGAAACAUUGUGAACAAUAUUAUCUAGGAAUUGUAACUGCACUUGUUACCCUUAUUAUCUCGAUCUUAUUUUUUCAUUACAUGUAUAUUAAAGUAAAUAAGAAUUCGAUUUAA